UGACUUUUGUCUCUCUUUGAUAAGACUCCAUUCUUGUCUGUGGCUUUGGGAGGGCAGCUGCUGGAUUCUGGACUCUCGCUAUGGUGCGGUGGGGAUUGCCUUUUUAGGAGACACCUGAUCACAGCAACACAAAGAAGGCUUGGUGAUAAGAGCCUGCUGGUUGUGUGUGUGUGUGUGUGUGUGUGUGAAAGAAAGAGAGGGAGAGAUGAAUUGGGGCUUUGUGAUUAGGAACAGUGCCGAGAAGGGGGCAGAGGUAGGGGUAUUUUCUAGUUUUUGGUCAAGCUGUACUCUGGACACUGAGGUAGUGAAGCCCAAUCUGAAACGCUAAUCCUGUUAAAGGAAGGCAGCGCAGUCUCCUGUAGUGUCCCGUCUAACAUAUAGCCAAGAACGCUAGCUACUACUUGUGCCUGUGCUUUUGGGUUUGAAAAGAUACUUGAUGGAGAAAUUUCAGGCUGCAAUGCUCCUGAGUGCAGUGGGAGACUCUUUGGGAUACCGCAAAGGCCGGUGGGAAAGCUGCAUGUCAGGGUGUCAGAUACAGAAAGAGCUCUCCGAUCUCGGAGGACUGACAGCCCUGAAACUAGAUCCAGAAAACUGGCCUUUGAGUGACGGAGCUCUGAUGCACAUGACCACAGCGGAGGCCCUUAUUUCAGAUUACUGGGGUCUGGAAGACUUGUACAGAGAGGUUGUGCGGCUCUUUGUGGCAGCCACGGUGUCCCUUCAAGGUCGAACUCCUGAUCCAAGCACGGUUGAAGCUUGUUCCUUCCUCAAACCUGACAACUACCUGCUGGCCUGGCACACACCGUUUAAUGAAAAAGGUUCUGGUUUUGGAGCCGCCACAAAGACUAUGUGUGUGGGUAUGCGCUACUGGCAGCCUGAAAGACUGGAAACGUUAGUGGAAGUGAGCAUCGAAAUAGGCCGGAUGACCCACAACCACCCUAUAGGGUUUUUGGGAUCUCUUUGUACUGCCCUGUUUGCCUCAUAUGCCAUCCAAGGCAAGCCGGUAGUGACCUGGGGCCGUGAUCUCAUGAAGGUGAUCCCAAAGGCUGAAGAUUACUGCAGGAAGACGAUACGCCACAUGGCAGAGUACCAGGAGAAAUGGUUUUACUUUGAAGCCAAGUGGCAGUUCUAUUUGCAGGAGAGAGAGAUCGAGGAGGAGGGACAGAACAAGCCUCUUUUUCCUAAUACGUAUAGCGCAGAUGAGGUGGACAAGGUUUACAAGAGCUGGAGCUCAGAAGGACGAGGAGGACACAGGGGCCACGAUGCACCCAUGAUCGCCUAUGAUGCUCUGCUGGCUGCAGGCCCAGACUGGAGCGAGCUCUGCAAACGGGCCAUGUUUCAUGGAGGAGAGAGCAGUGCUACAGGUCUGAUUGCUGGCUGUCUGUAUGGCUUGAUUUACGGAUUGAACCAAGUGCCACCAGGAUUGUACCAAAACCUGGAAAAGAGGGAGAAACUUGAAGAGCUUGGAUCCAAACUGUAUCACACGGCAUCUGCAGAAAAGUAUAUAGAGAAAUAACACUCAGCUAUUCACCUCCUUGUUCACACAGGACGACCACAUGAUUCCCAAGCUGCACAACUACACCCUUCUCCCGUACCUCCUUUCAUCAUAUAACCAUAAGGACUGCUAUUUCCUUCUUAGAACAUAUGCAAAUGAAUUAAACCUAUUUUUAAAAGGUUUUGCUUUUUCAAUGCCAAAGUAUGUGUAACUUACAACAACAAAAACUUUGACUAUUUGCCCCAAGAGACUUUUAUGUAGUUUCCCCAGGAGUAUUGAUUGAUUUUAUCUAGUAAAAUUUUCGUAAAAUGUACUCUGUGUUUGUUAUGGUGCAUGUAUAUGUAUGUAAAGUAA